GUCAGUGUCGGGACUCGGGGCUGUCGGUUUGACCGGCCAGUCAUUGAACCGUGUGACCAAAGCAGGAAAAGUCGGCCAAUGUGUGCGGCGGGUGGAGCUUGGUAUUUGUUUAACUGCGUGGUCAGGGCACUUUUGUUAACCUGGACCCCACGGGAAGAACGUGCCCUGUAAAUGCCACAAACCAGGAUCUCUCUGUCUUCUGGCCACCAAGUGGGAAGGCAGCGAUGAAGGUUGUGAAGACAGGUUGUGAAGUGGCAGCUGGUGAUUCCUCAACGCCUGCAUCUGGGUCUGCAGCCCAGCGAGAGACCAAAGCCUCACAGGUGGGUGAUCCGGGCAAGGAGGCGGCGACUUCAAAUCAGGUACCUUUGGUGAAACACAAUGGAACUUCUGUCUACACGUGUGUGGAACAAAGGCCGAGGAGUGCGCGGCAGGCCGUGGCGGGGGUUGAAUUGGAGGCCAACCUGAGUGAACCCGUGCCUCUGCCCGCUGGGAUCAGGACUGCCUGUGUCCGUGUUGUUGGCAUGACCUGCCAUUCAUGUGUGCAGUCAAUACAGACCCAGCUGUCCAAACAGAAGGGGAUUGUGGGCAUCGAGGUGUCUCUCGCAGAGAGCAAUGCCACGGUGUGGUACACCCCCUCAAUCAUCUCCAUUCAGCAGGUAUGUGAGGCCAUUGAUGACAUGGGGUUCGAGGCGACCCCACCGCUGGAGAAGGAGGCUGGCGGAGCGGGCGAAGCGGUGGUCAGCUUGCGGGUGGAAGGCAUGACCUGCCUCUCGUGCGUCAGCCUGAUCGAAGGCAAACUCGGGAGGCUGCAGGGUGUGCUGGAAGUCACCGUCUCCCUGAGCAACCGGCGGGCAGUAAUCAUGUACCAGCCUCGUCUCAUCCACCCAGAGCAGCUGCAAAGGCAUAUUAAUGAGGCGGGAUUCAAAGCCGCCAUCGAGAGCAGGACCAGCUCUGCCAAACGAGCUCUGAACAAUUCCAUAAGCUCACAAGAUGGAAAGCGCAACCAGUCGCCAACGCCCAAGGACAGAAGGCCAGGCGUGGCCAGGAGCCUUGUGAUGGUGAAUUUCCACAUAGAGGGCAUGCACUGCAGGUCCUGUGUGUCCAACAUUGAGGGGACAGUCAGGGAGCUGCCAGGGGUACAGAGCAUCUCAGUGUCUUUGGAGGACCAGAAAGCUAUAGCAGAAUACAACCCUCUCCUGACAAAUCCAACAUUACUAAAGUCAGUUAUAGAGGCUCUACCACCAGGGAAAUUUAAAGUACAUCUUCCCGAUGGGAUGAAGAUGGUAAGUGAGACUUCAUUCCCAAUUUCCAACACGCCAUUACUGCAGCAACCAGGAGGUACCUCUGCUCAACACCCUCAACCCCCCGCUCGUGCUGAGGUUGACACUGGAGGGAUGACUGAUAAUUCUUGUGUCCAGUCAAGACAGAGUGAGAUCUCACAAAGGAAAGAUGUGAAAUUGAUUCAUGUGUUACCGGCCAAUGAGCUGGGAAUGAUCCACUUUGACCCAGCAGAGACAAAGACGGAGCGACUGAACACGGCUGUAAAUGCAACAGCGUCUGUGUCCUCCCUAUCUGCAGAGUCUUCAAGACAUUCCACUGCAAAACGAAAAGGUCCCUCUGUUGAGAGUUUGAAGCUCGUAUUGCCAACUGAUGACUGUGACCUUGAAUUUCUACCAUUCAUGGACAUACCCAGUGACCACAGCUUUGAGAAGGUGGAAAAAUGUUUUGUGCAGAUCACUGGUAUGACUUGUGCUUCCUGUGUGGCCAAUAUUGAAAGAAAUCUUCAAAAAGAAGAAGGUAUCCAUUCUGUUCUGGUGGCACUGAUGGCGGGAAAAGCAGAGGUGAAAUAUUAUCCGGAUAUCGUCCAACCUGCUACCAUUGCUGAAUUCAUCACAGAGUUAGGUUUUGGAGCAACUGUGAUACAAGACGAGCCCUCAGCUGGGAAACUGGUGCUUAACAUUACAGGAAUGACCAGUGCUUCUUGUGCCCACACCAUUGAGUCCAAGUUGACGAGAGUUGAGGGUGUUUUGUACGUGUCAGUGGCCCUGGCCACCAGCAGAGCCCACGUCACUCUGGACCCGGAGCUGCUGGGUCCACGGGACGUCGUCAGGAUGAUCCAGGGACUCGGAUUUGAAGCAUCGUUAGUCAAAAGAGAUACAGCCUUGCACAAUCUGGAACAUAAAGAGGAAAUUAAGCAGUGGAGGAAGUCUUUCUUGUUCAGUCUUAUCUUUGGCAUCCCGGUCUUUGGCCUCAUGGUGUACAUGAUAGUGAUGGACAAACACAGCGGCUCCAUGCCACCCGAACAGAACGUCCUCCCCGGUUUAUCCAUCCUGAACCUGGCUUUCUUUAUUCUUUGUACUCCAGUUCAGAUUUUUGGAGGAUGGUACUUCUACGUUCAAGCCUACAAGUCUCUGAAGCACAAAUCUGCCAAUAUGGAUGUGCUGAUCGUUCUGGCCACUACGGUGGCAUAUCUCUACUCCUGUAUAAUACUGAUUGUGGCCAUGGCAGAAAAGGCAGAACAAAGCCCAGUGACUUUCUUCGACACUCCACCAAUGUUGUUUGUCUUCAUUGCCUUGGGGAGAUGGCUGGAGCAUAUAGCAAAGAGUAAGACUUCAGAAGCACUGGCAAAGUUGCUCUCACUGCAAGCUACGGAGGCCACGGUGGUUACACUGGGACCAGACAACUCCAUACUGGGUGAAGAGCAGGUAGGUGUGGAUCUAGUUCAGAGAGGUGAUAUUAUAAAGAUCGUUCCUGGAGGCAAGUUUCCUGUUGAUGGGAAAGUCGUGGAAGGUUGCUCUAUGGCAGAUGAGUCUCUGAUUACAGGAGAACCUAUGCCAGUUGUGAAAAGACCAGGAAGUAUAGUGAUUGCUGGAUCUAUUAAUGCACAAGGAACUCUGUUGAUUAAAGCAACCCAUGUUGGUUCAGACACGACAUUAUCACAGAUUGUCAAACUAGUAGAAGAAGCACAGACAUCAAAGGCUCCGAUUCAGCAACUCGCAGAUAAAUUGAGUGGAUAUUUUGUCCCUUUGAUUGUUGUCAUUUCUGUGCUUACGCUCAUUACCUGGAUUGUCAUUGGGUAUGUUGACUUCAACAUCAUGAAGAAACACCUAUCGGGCUACAACACAAACAUCUCCAGAGCUGAGCUGAUUGUCAGAUUCGCGUUUCAGACCUCCAUUACGGUUCUGUCCAUCGCAUGCCCCUGCUCGCUGGGACUGGCCACUCCGACGGCUGUCAUGGUGGGAACAGGGGUCGGUGCUCAAAAUGGCAUCCUCAUUAAGGGUGGAGAACCGCUGGAGAUGGCACACAAGAUAAAAGUGGUGAUGUUUGACAAGACUGGGACAAUCACCCAGGGUGUUCCUCAGGUAAUGAGGGUUCUUGUACUGGGAAACAUUGCUCAACUAUCCCUGAAGACACUGCUUGCAGUUGUAGGCACUGCAGAAGCCAGCAGUGAACAUCCUCUUGGAAGUGCCAUCACCAAAUACUGCAAGGAAGAGCUUGGCACAGACGUGCUUGGGCACUGUACAGAUUUUCAGUCUGUUCCAGGCUGUGGCAUCAGCUGCAAAGUUGCCAACGUUGAAACUGUGCUGAAGAAAAGUGAACAGAGUCCCAGUAAGGAGCGAGAGCAGAGUGGAGAGUUAAUGCAGAUCCGUGACUCACACAAUAUAGUGUCCUCACAGAUAACUGGAGCAGAAGGAACAGUGAUUUCCCAAGCGUACUCUGUGUCGAUUGGAAACCGGGAGUGGAUGAUACGCAAUGGGUUGCAUGUCGGGAAUGAUGUCGACGAGGCGAUGAUUAGUCACGAAAUGAAAGGACAGACAGCAGUGCUGGUGGCUGUAGAUGGUACGCUGUGCGGGAUGAUGGCAAUCGCAGACACUGUCAAGCCUGAGGCCGCCCUGACUGUGUGCACCUUGCAAAACAUGGGAGUGGACGUGGUGCUUCUGACAGGGGACAACCACAAAACCGCAACCGCCAUUGCCAGCCAGGUUGGCAUCAGAAAAGUGUUUGCAGAGGUCCUCCCCUCUCAUAAAGUAGCCAAGGUCCAGGAGCUUCAGGAUCAGGGUAAAACAGUGGCAAUGGUUGGAGAUGGCGUCAAUGAUUCUCCUGCCCUGGCUCAAGCCGAUGUGGGAAUCGCCAUUGGAACUGGCACAGACGUGGCAAUUGAAGCAGCCGAUGUGGUGCUGAUUAGGAAUGAUCUGCUAGAUGUUGUUGCGAGUAUUGAUUUAUCAAAAAAGACAGUUUCUCGAAUUCGCAUCAAUUUUGUGUUUGCCUCAAUUUACAACCUGGUGGGAAUUCCUAUUGCAGCUGGAGUGUUUCUCCCUUUGGGCCUGGUGCUACAGCCAUGGAUGGGGUCAGCUGCAAUGGCAGCUUCCUCUGUUUCUGUUGUGGUCUCCUCGUUACUGUUGAAACUCUACAAGAAGCCAGAUCCAGAAAAACUUGAUUCUCAGGCACAAGGCCGCAUGAAGCAAUUGACGCCGUCACAAGUUAGUGUGCGUAUAGGAAUGGAAAACAAACGCCGAGAUUCUCAGAGGCUCAAGAACAAUGACAUAUUUCGACGAAUCAGCCGAUUAUCUCUGAACUCAUUGACUUCUGACAGGCGAUCUAAUCGGAUACAAUCUCUUCGUGAGGAACAUGAUGAAUGGUCCCUGCUGGUUGGAGCACCCAAUGAAGAGCAUUGUAUCUAAAGACUGAUGUGAAUUAUGAAUAGAUAAAUAUAUUUGUAAAAAAUCAUGUCUAAAUGAUGCCCAUUCAACUCAAACCUUACUGAAUGGCUUACAGCUGCAGAAAUACUUAUCAGGUGUAUCCUUAUUUGAUGUACUUCAUUCAUUGUGUAUGACCAAGCUGAUUUAUUAAUUCUCACCACCUUUGAACCAAAUGUGUACAGUCUUUCUCAAAGAACAGUUUAAGGUUUAUGUUUAUGAAAAGGCAUUUUGUAAUUAAUUAAUUAAUACUAAUUGUUUUACUCUUAGUGUACACGUCCAAAAUAUUGUAUUAUUUUAUUAUUUUAGACACUAAACCCACAAUACACUGCAUUUCUGAACAAACAGAAUUGCAAUGAAUAUUAUCACUAUAAAUAUUGAUAUCUUUAAAGAUUACUUGACUUGAA